UCGACGCGAACAAGCUGGGAAUGGAAAGCGGUCGGAUCGCCGACACUAGUAUCGCGGCAUCGACCUGCAUCAGCGACGAUGCUUACUGCUCCGAGUCGGCGAGACUCAACCGCGAGGUCGGGGGAUGGGUGCCCCUCAUCAACGACUUCGCACAAUGGAUACAGGUCGAUCUCAUGGCCGUGUACCGCGUGACCGGGGUCAUCACGCAGGGGCGGAGUGAUGCCCCGCACUGGGUCACGCGUUUUACUGUCUGGACAAGCCGGGAAGGCAAGGGGAAGUGGACCCCAGUGACCGAAUCGACCUGUGGAGAAGUCAAAGAGAUCAAAAUCUUCACGGGUAAUUGCGACCAGUCGACUCACUUCACCAACCGGUUCAGCCCGCCCAUCCUGGCCCGCUACAUCCUGCUCGCCCCUGUAGCAUGGCACGCGCACAUCGCACUCAGAUUCGAACUGCUUGGCGAAGGCCCUUUCAUGCUACCCGACAUAGCAGUGCACUGACCUAAUUUUCAUCACC